GCCCGAGGGCGGCCGCCGGAAAACGGGAUGGGAGCGUUGAAACAAAUUAUCGCGAGAAGUGGAGUUCCUGGAGCCCCCCAGAACGGGGCGGAGGCCCAGAGGUGCACCACGUGGGGUUGCCGCUGGAGCUGACUCUGCGGCCGGCGUCCAGUUCGGGUGUAGGAUUGAAGCUGGAACCGUGGAGAUGCGGAAGGAAACUCCGCCUCCUCUAGUGCCCCCGGCGGCCCGCGAGUGGAACCUUCCUCCGAAUGCGCCCGCCUGCAUGGAACGGCAGUUGGAGGCUGCGCGGUACCGGUCUGAUGGGGCGCUGCUCCUCGGGGCCUCCAGCCUGAGCGGCCGCUGCUGGGCCGGCUCCCUCUGGCUUUUCAAGGACCCCCGUGCGGCCCCCAACGAGGGCUUCUGUUCCGCUGGCGUCCAGACAGAGGCCGGAGUGGCAGACCUCACGUGGGUGGGGGACAGAGGGAUCCUCGUGGCUUCUGAUUCAGGUGCGGUUGAACUGUGGGAGCUGGAUGAGAAUGAGACACUUAUAGUCAGUAAGUUCUGCAAGUACGAGCACGAUGACAUCGUGUCUACCAUCAGUGUCCUGAGCUCCGGCACGCAGGCUGUCAGUGGUGGCAAAGACUUCUGCAUCAAAGUUUGGGACCUUGCCCAGCAGAUGGUGCUAAAUUCAUACCGAGCUCACGCAGGGCAGGUCACCUGUGUCGCUGCCUCGCCCCAUAAGGACUCCGUGUUUCUUUCGUGCAGUGAGGACAAUAGAAUUUUACUGUGGGAUACCCGCUGUCCCAAGCCAGCGUCACAGAUGGGCUGCAAUGCCUCUGGCUACCUUGCUACUUCACUGGCUUGGCAUCCUCAGCAGAGUGAAGUCUUUGUCUUUGGUGAUGAGAAUGGGACUGUCUCUCUCGUGGACACCAAGAGUGCGGGCUGUGCGCUCAGUUCUGCUGUGCACUCGCAGUGUGUCACUGGGCUGGUGUUCUCGCCCCACAGUACGCCCUUCCUGGCCUCUCUCAGCGAAGACUGCUCGCUUGCUGUGCUGGACUCCAGCCUUUCCGAGGUGUUUAGGAGCCGGGCCCACAGAGACUUUGUCAGAGACGCUACUUGGUCCCCGCUCAAUCACUCCCUCCUUACCACGGUGGGCUGGGACCAUCAAGUCAUCCACCAUGCCGUGCCCACAGAGCCUCUCCCAGCCCCGGGACCUGAGAGUGUGGCCGAGUAGGUUGGAUUUCAGACGGCAAGCAGAUCUGCUCCCGUGCCCCGCCCCUCAGCGUGAGACAACCAGAGCCUUUUACAGAGGGGCGACACCCUAGAUCU